UGCGCAUUCGGCUUCGGCCGAUGUCCGCCAAAAUGGCGAAAAAUUUGUCCUGCAAAAAUCACUAAUUUAUUGAGGUAACUUGCCAAGAAACCGUUGAUUUACCACCGCAGUUUGAACAAGACACAUCUCAGAGCAAUAUGGCUGGUUUUGACCAGGCGGGGCUUCCCGGAACGGACUCUAUCUUGAAUGGACUUAGAGGCGCUCAAGACUUCGAAGUUGUCAACUUCAUAGAAAACUUUCAACAGGAAAAUAGCAUUAUGUUGCCCUCUUUACAGCCUGCUCUACCUUUUUUGGACCUUCACGAUGUUCGUAGAGUGGAAUUCAAUAGUUUUGUUAUGGAAAAUUUACGAGACAAACUGCUGGAGCAAGUAAAAGCUUUGGAGGUUGAAAAGCUCCAGAGUCUGCUUGAUCAGUGUUUUCCGUUCAUCCAUGUGCAGCAUCUUCGUCCAGUUGUGAUGGAGGUGAUGAAAUACCUUCCUAAAGUUCCUGAAGAAUGUCUUGAGCAACUUGCAAAUGACCCACAGUUGUACGAGGGUUGUUCUAUUGAGGUUAAAAGACAGAUCUGGGUAAAACAUCACGCGUUGUUUGGUGAUGCCGUUGGACCCCUUUUGAAUCAAUAUGUUGAAGCGAAAUACAGUGUCAUUUUCUCCACAGAACCAUUAAACUCUCACACAUUCUUUUCAAUGCCGUCUAAAACAAGGAGGCAAAAUACAGUUGUUCAGAACUUAGCCAAAAUGAUUGGAAAGUCUUUGGAACUGUACAAUCUUGUUCUGCAGUUUCUUAGAACACUUUUUCUACGAACCAAGGAAGUUCAUUAUUGUACUCUUAGAUCAGAGCUUCUAAUGGCUGUCCACGACCUUGAAAUUAAAGACAUAAAGGAUAUUGACCCAUGUCACAAAUUCACAUGGUGUUUGGAUGCUUGCAUCAGGGAAAAAGUGAUUGAAGGGAAAAGGACAAAAGAGUUGCAGGGAUUUUUAGAUCAGGCCAAGCACAGUGAAGAACAAGUCCUUGGGUAAGGCUGUUGGAGUUAAGUGAAACACUAAGAAUGUGACCGGCAUCACACUAGGUGAAAAAUGUCAUUGACUUUUGAUAGAAGCUUCACAAUUUACCAGAUGAAUACCUCUUACUUACCCACGGGUAUCAGUAGGUAUUUCACUGGUCAUAUUAUGGUGGUUUAAUAUUGGUCUUAAUGAUGGGUUAGCCAUAUUCAAAAGAAUGCUUGAAAAAUAAAGAAAUGACUGGAUUUUUGUUCAGGCUAGAGAAGAUAUUGGGCAGGGUGUACAUUGUAUGACAGGAUUUCAUGCAGAGCUGUCAUUAAGGGCCAUAACCCAUAACCAUGUUACAGCUGUGCUCACUUGAUGUUAUGGGUGAUCAAAGUGGAAAGCUUAAGGUGAUACUAUACUGUAAAUCUUUUGUGAAAUGUUACGGGUGAACCGAUGCUUCAAAGCGCAAUCAUAAUGACAGCCCUGUCAUGGUAAGUGAUUAUACCAUCUGCGCCACUCCAAGGCAUGAAAUUGUGCCUAAUACAGGCACCAUUGCCCCUGAAUUCCUAUCACUAGAGGUCAAUCCAGGUAAUUAGUCACCAAAUUGGUGACCAGUAUUCUGUAUUCUUCAUCACACCGUCCUUGAAGAGCUCAUGAAUAUUUCAAAAUGUUCAGAAAUAAAUCCAUGGCAGUUUAUGGAUAUUAAAACAGAAAACGGAAUUUAGACUUUGUCCAGUACUACAUGGUAGGAGUGAAUGGGUUAAUAUUGUUUUGUGGAUGUUGUAAGUAUCAUUAUUGUUGUUUUUUUUCUUUUUCUCUAUUUACCAGGGAUAUUGCAAUGAUUUUGUGUGACCCAUUUGCUAUCAACACUGUUUCCAAAAGUGUAAUUAAGCAACUACAGCGACUUGUCAACACAGAGUUACUGCCAAGGGUGAGUUUUCUUUCUGGUUUGAUAAUAACUCUGAGUGUCAGAAGUUCUACCACAGUGACUUUCCUUUCAAGAAAUAAUUGAAAAUCUAACUCCUUCACAAGAGUCAAAUCCUUGAUGAUAUAUGAUAAAGAUAAACUUAAUACAGUCCAUUUUGUUUUGGAAAUUGCAGACUUCUUCAGAUGUCAGUUUCCUUUUGCGGGUGUUGAACCUGGGAGUUAGUGCAUGGGAAAUGAUUAGUAAUCAACACUUUACUGAGGUGGCACUGGUAAGUUAUAUCAGUAUUAACUAUGUUCAUACGGCUCCCUUGUUACUUGUGUAAGUUAUUUUCAUGCAAAUUUCUCAAAAAGUGCAUUAACAUGAAUUUUUGCGGGCAACAAAGAAACCUAGAAUUAAAGAGUAAUAAAUUUACACCUUUAAUUUUAUAUGCUCAUUUUGCCAACCACUUUUUCAUUUCAACUAGCUCCAAAAGCUUUUUGACGAGCAGAAUUGAUUUCACAGUUCUUCUGUUAUUUAAUUUCCUCAAAAAACAUCACUUGCCCGUUGGGCAAGUUAAAAACAGAAUUCACUAACCCGAUAGCAAAAUCCACUAGCCCCUGGCUAUCAGACACUACUUUCUUUGCAUGCUGUGUAUGUAUAUUAUGAAGAAGAUUAAAUGUCACUUGGUCAUCUAUGCAGUUUGUCAUUCACCUUAUUAACAUUGUGAUGCUUUGAUCUGCUAAGAGGAGUGUGAUAUAAAAGAAAAUCAUUCAUGGCCAAUGGUAAUUUGCCUGUGUCCUGUGAAAUGUUAACAAUUGUGGAACAGUGUGCGUGAUGUCUGACUUGUUCAGGGAUUUCCUAAAAAGAGAUAGAGAGAUUUACAGGCCUUAGGCUAGACAGUUUGCUUUACCCUAUGAAUUUUAUCCUCAGCUGUUUGAAAAACUAAUACUUUACUUAACUUUUUGAUUUUAACCUUAAUAGGGUGGUGAAUUGGUUCAUAAGUUCUUGCCACUGAUUAUGUCACUGAUGGUGGAUAGUGGUCUUAACUCUCUUCAUGAUAAACUCAAUGAUGAGGACAAGAAUGGUGGCAUAGAGGGCCCUUCACAAUUCACUGCGUACUUUGUAGAAAUUACUUCAUCAAAUUCAGUAGCAUUCACACUGGCUUGGUGCUAUCUUCUUCAUGUUAUCAAGCAAAAAGACAGGUACUAUUUUACUAUCAGUUGUGGUCAGGAAGAAUUAUUUUAUUCUCUUUGAAAAUCUCUGGAGAAACUGUAACAAUAAUAUUAUUACACCCCUGAUGGAAUCCCGUCCUCAGCAAUGGGUGCCGGCAAUGUCACCUGUUGAUUAACUGCUUAAUCACUUCUGUGGCAUUCUCUACACAUUAUUACUGUUAUGCAUGUAUUUACAUUAAUAGUAAGAUGUCAACACUCAGCUCGGAAUUUGAAUGCAAUAGUUUUCUGUUAAUUGGGUUGAUAAAGUCAAUUUAAAAAGUUAAUAUUGAAAAGCUGACGUUUGAGUCCUCGCCUUUCUUCAGAGCAAAUAAAGUUAUUAUGGCUUGUCUGUAGUUUAUAUGUUAAUAAUGGAGCUACAAGGCUGUUGGCAGGAAAAUGGUAAAUGAAAAACAAGGGUAAAUUAUUGUGUUUAUAAUUCUGUGGGUAACUGGAGUACCAGUUUGGAAGGUAAAUUUUUCUCCUAGAUUCUUCUUGCAACUUUCCUUUCUGCCUUAUUGUAGAGAGUGACUGCAGGUUACAAUGUUUUAACAAGAAUAAUUGAAUGGACGUGCAUGUAAAAAGUUUUAAUAAAAUGGUUUCAGAAUGUUUACAAGUUCAUGAUUGUGGACUACUUCUGGACUAGUCAAUCCUGUUUUCUCUCGUCAAACUGGUUUUUUGAGUGCAGGCAUCAGUUUAUUGAUAAACCAAUCAUCAUAAUUGAGCUGACUGUACCAAGCACACUGCUUUUAGGCCUGGGUUUGAAACUGUAUCCUAGCAACAUUCAGGGCAUGCUCAACAAAGAUGUAAUCAAUUCCUGUAGAAUUUUUCUAAAGAACGCGUUUGCUGGUGAGGUGGUACAAAGGUGGCUGUCAAAACAUAUCUUGCCUCCUUUUUGCCAACAGACAAAUGCUGCUGACCAUCUUGCCUUGGUUUGUUGGCACCUGUCAGGAGCGCAUGUUAGAUGAGGUGUCUCUUCACACUCUGGUCAGCUCACUGGCUGCUUCGUCUGAAGAGUUUUCCCGUGCUGACUUCUGUGAUGUUGUGUUUGAUCAGUUUCUGCUUCUUCUGGUAUCAGACUCAAAUAUUUUGCGACACACCCUUCGCCUCUUGUGGUAUGUCCUUCCUAAAAUGGACCCUCAGAAAGUGGUGCAUGUUUUGACCUUGGCACAGCCUUCUAGUGAGGUAUGUAGUUGUAUGCUAUCAGUCCUUUUGGUGACCCAGGAUGAUUGUCAAUUCUUCAUUUUAAAUUCAUUUGAUUUACAAACUUGGCUGCAUUUUCCAGUGACAACAUUUUUUAAGCACUAGAAUUUUCUGAUUCGAUUCCAUAAUUAUGAACUACUCUGUAAACUUUGACAUGGUCUGUUAAAAACCAUGUGAACAGUAACCAGCGUGCAAAGAAAGUACUGUCCAAUAGCCCAGGGCUAGUGGAUUUUGCUAUCGGGCUAGUGAGUUCUGUUUUUAACUUGCCCGACCGGCAAGUGAUGUUUUAUGAGGAAUUUAAAUAACGGAAGAACAAAAAGUUUUUGGGGCUAGUUGAAAUGACGUCUGGGCUAGUAAAUGCUAGCUUCAGCUUUCCCAAAUGGCAAGCUGUAAAAAUGAUUUUCUUUGCACCCUGAGUAACUGGUAUUUGAGUUACGGUACAAGGUUUAUUGCAGUUGUGUUGAAGUUGGGAUAUUAUUCAGAUGGCUACGUUUUCUCAAAUUCUAAUUAAUGCCCCAGUCAGUACUCAAUAACGUUAUUAUUAUUUGCGAAUCAGAAAAUUGCCAACACAAAUUUCCCUCGGAGGGUAAAAGCCCAGCUGACUUUAAAGCACAUUAAUUUUUUCCAACAUUACACAAGCUCCAUCGUAGGGAAGUUCCUUGUGAAUAUUAGCCCCUUAAAAAUAUUGUCGUUUGGAACGUUUAAGCUGUGGAUCUUGUUUUCAAAAUGUUAGGGUAUCUUUUGUACGUUUUUGUGGUUAUUGCUAAUAUAAUCCUUUACAUUUCAGCACAUUGAAGCAAUCCAUGAUCUCCAUGCUAUGAUAGUUGAACGUGUUGCAAGUUCCAAUGCCCUGACCCCUGGCUCAUCAUCCAUGGAACAGCCUUCCUCUGCGUCGUCGCUUAGUUCAUCGUCACACAGUCCCCUGUUGGAUUACAUUCAACCUGCCAGUACUUAGACCACAGGCUUACCAUCCAUCGUAUGUUUUUGUUGUGGACUGUGCUUUAUUGUUUACGGUCACUUCAUUCCAUGGUCAGAUUGUUUCAAGCCAGAUCGUUCCAUUUUAUAGUCAGAUCGUUCCACAGUUUCAAUGUAAAUCUCGAUGUGAAGCGCACUUUUUUUGGCCUCUUGGCUUAAAGAACGAGGGAUACACAGUAACGCCCUUGUUUCUGCUCGUGGCUUUAAGACUCUUGAAAAGUUCUGACUGCAUUGUGGAACAAUCUGAUAAUAUUAAGUGUAAUGAUCUGACCAUGGAACGAAAUGAAUUACUCAUUCUACAGUGUAAGUGGAGAGAGCGUUAAAGGAGCCUUGUCAUCGUAAAAUCAAUAAUGCCAAUGAAUGUACCGCUUUUAAAUUAAUUUUGUUAAAUCACUGUUUCAAGCUUGAACUCAAAGAGUGUUUGAAUCUGGAAAUCCAGGAACCUUUUGCUUGUGAAAUCCGCUCCAGGAAAAUGUUGUUUGUGGAAUCCGGAAUACAGCCCAAGGAAUCUGGAAUCCCACUAUAAUGGGAAUCCAGAAUCCAAGUUCUUCUGACAAAGACUGGAAUCCAGUUUUUAAAUUAUGGUUCCACGGCAUAGAAUCCGAAAUCCAAGGCUGUCUUGGAUUCCUUUACACGGGGCGAGUUUUAGUCGGUAUGUUACCUUAAUUUGUGUACCUUUUUGUUAUGCUCGGUGGGUAUUCGAUUUUGUCUGUCUACAGUUACCAUGUUUUCUUGCCUCAUUUGUAACAUCAAUGUUCAUCCAUUUAUCCAUACCACUAUUACGCUCUUGAUGCUUCUGUAGCUUGCUUUAUGUUAUAAGCAUUCCAGGUUUGAGUUUGUCUUUCAGUACAAUACGAUAAGUUUUAUGACCAGAACCGAAUAAAAAAAUAAGUAGAAUUUGUAGAAUAUACUAUUGUUAGGACAAAAUAAAAUCAGCGUUUAAGAUUAGACAAAUUGUGCGCCAG